UAAAAGAAAAAAGACAAUUAGUUUAAAUACUUAAAGUUUAAGCGCUUUUUAGCUACCUAUACACUUAUAACUUAAUUAACCGAACGGAAAAUGUGAAGCGCAAUUACAGCGAAAAACGAAACUAGCAAACUAAAAUCGACUGCAAAAGCAACAACUACGUCGACAGUGGCAAAAGUGUACAGUGGAGUACGUUGACACGGCGAUAGUUUAGCACAAAAAUAAUUUCAAUUACUUCACGUUAACAAUAAUACCCGCUCUUAUGCAAUCUAUUUAACACAAGUAAAGUGCAAAGUACAAAAACACAAUAAUUUACAAUAAAAAAGCACAAUAUUUGUAGAAAAAAAAAAGCAAACGAAAACGAAAACGAGCAAUCACUCUUGCGUGCGUAGGAACGCUGUGUGCGCUUUACCAGGAUACACACAGCGGGUACCACCCGAAAUUUCAAAGCAAGCCAAAAAAAAAAAACUGCCAUCAAAGCAAAUUUCCGUUGGACUGCAGCCGACGACAACUCAGCGGAGGAGGCUCAUCAGACAUUCAGCAAACACAAGAUUGCUGUUUUUAUUAGCAUUUUUAAAUGUAAAUAACGACUAACGAGUGCAAAAAUUCGGCUUUAAGCAAUGUCUAAGACACCAUCAUUCGAUAAAGAUCGCGACUACAUCGGCUUCGCCACAUUGCCCGAACAAGUUCAUAGGAAAUCGGUGAAGCGUGGAUUCGACUUUACGCUCAUGGUAGUCGGCGAGUCCGGAUUGGGCAAGUCAACGCUAAUCAAUAGCCUGUUCUUGGGUGAUCUAUACAAGACUCGAAUUAUACCAAAUGUCGAAGAGCGACUCGAGAAGACGACACGUGUUGAAAAGAAAACCAUGGAUAUAGAAGAGCGGGGAGUACGCUUGCGAUUAACCGUUGUGGAUACACCGGGUUUCGGUGAUGGGAUCAACUGUGAGGAUAGCUGGCGUGUAUGCACCGCCUACAUCGAUGAGCAGUUUCGUCAAUACUUUACAGACGAGAGUGGCCUGAAUCGACGCAACAUACAGGAUAACCGCGUGCAUUGUUGUUUGUAUUUUGUGCCGCCAUGGGGUCAUAGUCUGCGUCAAAUGGAUUUGGAUCUCAUACGACGACUCCACCGCAAAGUCAAUAUAGUGCUUGUCAUCGCCAAGGCGGAUUGUCUGACCAAAAAUGAAGUGCGCAAGCUAAAGGAGCGCAUACUGCAAGAUUUGGAGGACAACAAAAUACAAUUAUAUCAAUUCCCCGAAUGUGAUUCGGAUGAAGAUGAUGAUUUUAAGCAACAGGAUCGCGAUCUGAAGGCUUCAAUACCUUUCGCUGUCGUCGGCAGCAAUACGAUAUUGGAGAUAGCGGGCAAGAAAGUGCGCGGGCGUCAAUAUCCUUGGGGCGUUGUAGAUGUUGAAGAUCCCGAACAUAGCGAUUUCAAUAAGUUACGCACCUUCCUCAUCUCCACACACAUGCAAGAUCUCAAGGACACAACACAGGAUGUGCAUUAUGAGAAUUUCCGUGCACAAUGCAUCUCACAGAUAUCGCAACAUGCGCUGCGCGAGCGUGGCAAAUUGAAGCGUGAUUCAAUUAGUUCGACCAAUGGCUUUGAUGCGGCUAUUUCAGAGACAGAUCGAUUGCUGUUGCAGAAAGACGAAGAAAUACGACGUAUGCAAGAUAUGCUCACACAAAUGCAAGAGAAGCUGAAGCAGACUCACUUGAUGGAAAUGAAGAAGAAUGAUAGUGUUAUUGAUGUUUAAGUGAGGGGCGAGGGUUUUGAGCUUUGAACAUAAAGUCAGCUGAUGAAGGAAAAGAGAAACUCAUUGGCAUGGUUUGAGUGAAGCUUUAAUGCAGGCAUACAAUUUGAGAAACGAACACCUGUAUUGAUAUGAAUAACAAAUACCGAGUUAAAUAGUUUUUUCUCACAAUUGGACCACAUUUAUGUAGAACACACAUAGUAGAUAUUUCUUUGAAAAUUAGCCUAGUGAGGCUGUUAGAUAACACACAAUCGAACAAAUAUUUUUUUGUCUAAAUACAUAUAUACCUACUUAAAAGUGAUUUGAUUCUAAAAGCUGAAAAUUUUGCAAAUCGGAAACAGAAAGAUGUGCACUUCUCUGAAAACUGGAAAAUUUUAUAAACAAAUGCUUUGAAAACUAUCUGCGAACUGAUCCCUUCAAUCAUGAUUUGCACCAAUUUAACUUUUGAAAAAUUAUUUCUAGUGCAGUUCCAGAAAAAUUUUCAUUUCCAGUAGGACUUACGAGUUAUCAUAACAAAAUAAUCAAAAACAAAGCAGAAACAACGAUCAGCUGAAAAAGCAUAAUUUGAGUGCCGAAAGUAUUUGGUAAUUCAAACACACACAAAUACUUAUACAGACAUUCCAUGCCCACCAUUUUGAAAAACAAAAAAAA